CCUCAGACCCCCUGCUCCUCAGUCCUACCACCGGCAUGGCGUCCGAAGAGCUGGCUCGGAAGCUGCAGUCGCGGCUGGCCGCCACGGCGGAGGGAACCGAGCCCGGGCCGGAGCCCCCACACAGCCCGGUCCGAACCGGAGCCCGGCAGCCGGAGCCCCAGGCGGCGGCGGCGGCGGACGGAGAGUCCCCCUCAGAACUGACCGCCAAACUGACCCGCAGGCUGGACAUCAACGACGGACACGCAGCUCCACGACUGACCCGGGUCUUCAACCCGUACACCGAGUUCAAGGAGUUCUCCCGCAAACAGAUUAAAGACAUGGAGGCCAUGUUCAAACGGUACGACACUGGCAAAGACGGCUUCAUCGACCUGAUGGAGCUGAAGCUGAUGAUGGAGAAGCUGGGAGCCCCCCAGACCCACCUGGGCCUCAAGAACAUGAUCAAAGAAGUGGAUGAAGACUUCGAUGGCAAACUGAGCUUCAGAGAGUUCCUGUUGAUCUUCCGGAGGGCGGCUGCUGGAGAACUGCAGGAGGAGAGCGGUCUGAUGGCUCUGGCCCGGCUGUCGGAGAUCAACGUGUCCACGGAGGGUGUGAUGGGGGCUAAAGACUUCUUCGAAGCCAAGGUGCAGGCUCUUUCCCAGGGAAGUAAGUUUGAGGCUGAGAUCCGCGAGGAGAAAGAAGAGCGCAAGAGACAGGAAGUGGAGAAGAAGCAGAGGCAGGCAGCGUUCAAGCAGCUGCAGUCCACCUUCUGCUCAUGACCACAGGAAGCAGAUAAGAACCCCCCCCCCCCAAGAAAUGCACAUCCAGCGUUAGUCCCAUUUUAGACAUAGCUUCACACUGUACUUAACUUUAAUCAGACAGAAAUUGGCACUUUACUGAAAAAAUACUAAGUUUUCUUAACUGGCAUAAAUACCUCAAAACUGCACACAGAAUAAUUGGGUUGAUGCCCCGCCCCCUGCGGCUCCUCCACAGAAAAGUGUCGGGCAGAAACGUGCAACACUACUUUAACUGGGAGAACACAUGUGGGUUUUUCUGUGGAUGUGUGGAAGCAGUUGGGUUCUUCUCUACAAAUACUGGAAUCUCCACCUGAAGGGAAUGGAAGCGGCUUCAGGAAAGUGACGUCGUCCUCAGUAUGUUGUGCUUUGACCCUGUCCUACAUGUGUGUGUUCAGCCGCUCUACUGGUUUAACUGGUCAAGUCAUUCUAUCGAUGUUGAGUUUGUGAAGCAUUUUUUAUGACAUUGUAUAGUUCAGUUGUGUUUUGUUCAUUUUGAAGACAUGUUUUAUUCUCACAUUGUUUAAAAGAGCAUAUUUAAUUAAAUGGACCUUUUUCAACAACCUGCAGUGUAAUAGAAACAGUAGAAUGGAUAAGUGUUGUGAUUAGAGUGGAAGCAUUGACAUCACAUAGGUUUGAAAUGUGUCGUGGCUGAUGCGGCUCUGGGCAGUUUUGGCCUCUGACUUCUCCUGUUUUUACAUAGAUUUAUGAACGUGACACCAUCUAGUCUGUGUUCUGAAACUCCACUUCACAAAUCAGGGAUUUGACCUUCACAGCAUUUAGGGAAUUCUGUUUUGUGACUGGGAGGGAUUCAAAUGGAAAAUCCAUGUGAAGUACAGAGUUGACAGGUCACAUGUCAGCAGGUGGGAUGGGCAUGCUGCUGAAAAACACCCAGCAUGCACCUCUCUCUACAAACCCAGGUUCAGCUCUCCUUCAAACAAGACGUACAAAUUAAAUACAAGUGGCAGAAAGUGUCUGCGUAGGGGGACGGGUCUGUAGUCCACUGUCCUGGUUCUGCUUCAAAAAAAGUCCAAAAGCCAGUGUGUGUCCUCUUAAAUAUACAGGCCGUGACUCAAAUGAAAAUGUUAGACUGUGACAUGUCGGACUGUACCGUCCAUGCACAGAUGAGGCUGCUGUUGGUGCGAUACCAUGGGCACUGGCCGAUCCCUGCAUGGCCUUCUGGUCCUGGUUUUACUGCUAAAGGGACAGCGUACUUCCACAAGCAUCUGACCAAAUUUAAGAAUAAAUGUAGAACGCUGAAACAUUCCAUUCUCUUAAAUUGACUCUCCAUGACUCAACAACAGCAGUGUUUUGGAACAUGACCCCUGCACCCCCCCAGCUCUGGACUGGUGCUAAACGUGGACCACAUAUGGGAUCAUACACAGUGUUCUAGGCAUGAAGCUCCACCAGAACCGUGGCCUGUAACAAAGACAUGGUUGUGCAGUCUGCAGUCCGCCCAGCCUGAAUCAGCGCUAGUGUUCGUCCACAGCUGACCCCAGGACGCGGCCGCUGGAAAAAGCCUCUGUGGCAUUUUCUGCUGCUCAUUUCUUUAAUUUGUCUGUCGUCGUUUGUUUUCUCAUUUCACUUUUAGAGAGAAAACCAACCAAUAUAUUAGCAUAAAUGUUGUAACAGUAGAAGUAAAAGUUAGAGAAGGCAUGUUAGAUGACUUCUGGUCCUAAACUGAACCCUGAUUGGCUGAAGCACACACUGAGCCUGCAUGUGCGGUCAACCUUUACUGGCUUUUGCUUCUUCGACCCAAAUUCCCACAUUAGACACUUAAGUUGUAAUGUGAAAGUGUGUGUGGUGUACUUGAAUAUUCUGCUUCUAACAGCAUGCACUUCUUCAGUAUAUACAUGUAUAAACCAGAGAGAGAAGACUCCAUUCAAAUCCAGCUGAUGUUUGGGAUCCGUGUUGGAGAUAAUCUGACCUCAGAUCUGCUAACGUGUGCUGAUUUUACAUGGACGUACCAGCUAGUCGUCCUGGGAGUUUAGUGUUAAGUUUUUUGGAGUUUGAAAGUCAUUCACAGGAUUCAGACGUUUGUUGAAGAAGUGAUGACUUUUUUUGCAUAGCAGGUGUUACUGAAGGUGUUGACUUUUGGAGCGCAGUCUCCUGUAAAUCCUCCUGGGUUUGAUGUGGUCCAGGGUUUUCGUUGUGGUCCAACUCAUUUCUCUGAAGUCCACGUUGAUGGCUCAUACACUGUGAUGUUUGGUUGUAAAGCUUCUAAAGCGUAGAUUAGCUGAACGGCCCCACUCCUCACAUGCAUAUUGUGUUUCCGUCUGUGGUGUGUGUCGUUCACAGCUGUGACCUGUUCAGUGGUCCUGUGUCCUGUGUCUUCACAUUAGACAGAAAAUAUGACAAGAACAGAUCAGUCACAUGUUCAGUAACGUUCACUGCAGGAGGGAGGAGACUUCCACCUCCUUUAUGCAUGGGCCAGUCUGUCCUGUGGGCUGAAUCACAAUCACAGGAUGGGAUUUAAAGCAUGAGCUUCCUUUUCAGCUUUCAAAGAACAGCUGAUUUAUCUGUUUACGUAACAAUUAACAUUCAGCAUUAUAUUAAAAUCUAUUCUAAUAAAGAUAGCACUAUUUUCAUUAUAGAUCCUUAUUUUGGUAUCGAAAUCCAGGGAUUAGGGCUCAAACGCAUGGUCGUUUUCCACAGCGGAGACUAGUAAUCUACAAACUGAAUUAUACAUGGAGAUGAAAGUGCAUAUGAAAAGGACAAAUGUGGGCGUCAGUUUGUGAAAUAGAAAACUUCAACAAAAAAAGCAUUUAAUGCUCAGUGAAGUCACAAAUGUAACUUGUUUUAUUUGGAUAUUUGAUUAGAA